AUGAACUGCAGCAAGACUCCUGACUUUGUCCUCUCAGGGAUGUCCAGUGAUCCAGAAAACCAGCAGUUCCUCUUUUGUCUCUUUAUGGCUCUCUAUUUGUUGGGCCUCCUUGGGAACUCACUCCUUCUGCUGGCCAUUGGCACUGACAUUCACCUCCACACUCCCAUGUACUUCUUUCUCAGCCAGCUUUCUCUGGUGGAUCUCUGCUUCACUACUACCACAGCCCCUAAAAUGCUAGAGGAUUUGUGGACCCACAAUGGAUCCAUCUCUUUCUCUGGGUGUCUGACCCAAUUAUACUUCUUUGCUGUUUUUGCUGACAUGGACAAUCUACUCUUAGCGAUCAUGGCCAUUGACCGCUAUGCUGCUGUUUGCUAUCCACUGCAUUACCCACUUGUAAUGAGACCUUCCAGAUGUGGGGUGCUUGUGGGUAUAUCAUGGGGAGUAGCCCACUUGGUCUCUCUAGUCCAUAUCUUGUUGCUAUCCCAGCUAUCUUUCCAUGUUAAUCAAGAGAUUCCUCACUUUUUUUGUGAUUUUGGCCCUCUCUUAUGGCUUUCUUGCUCUGAUGCCCAACUCAAUGAGGACCUGACAAUGGCUCUGGCUGGGGUUUUGGGAAUCAGUGCUCUCUUCUGUGUUAUAAGUUCCUAUGCCCGUAUUUUCCAUGCUGUGGCCAGAGUUCCAUCAGCACAGGGGAAAAGGAAAGCUCUGGCUACAUGCAGCUCCCACCUCUCCAUGGUCAUCCUCUUCUACAGCACAGUAUUUGCCACCUACCUGAAGCCCCCAUCAACUUCUCACUCCUCUGGGGAGCUGGUUGCUGCUGUCAUGUAUACCCUGGUAACUCCCACUCUAAACCCUUUCAUUUAUAGUCUGAGAAAUAAGAAUGUAAAGAGUUCAUUGAAAAGGAUCCUGGGCAUGGAGAGUUCUCAGGAUUAUGGAUCAUCCCAAUAA